AUGAAUGAUAAUUUAGAAACUGAUGUCCCGAGUGAUAGUAAAACCGAGGAGUUGCCAAAACAAACUGACACUCCUGCAUUCAACCAGUUAGGAAUUAAUGACAAUAUUUCUUCUGGGCAAGGGGCAGAAGUUACCAAUGCUCAAGCUAUGUCCAUACAGAACAUGCUAACAGCAUUAUUCGAAAAGUUUACUGUUAAAGAGCAGGAGCGUGAAAAACAACGUGAGCUUAAAGAUCAGGAGCGUGAAAAACAACGCGAGCUUAAAGAGCAGGAGCGUGAAAGAAAACGUCAGCAGGAAAAGGAAAAACGUAGACAAGUAAAGCUUAUAGAAAAACAGCAACAGGAGCUCAGGGACCAAGAAAAGGAAAAGAAAUUUAUGGAAAAUAUAAACAAUAUUUUUCUGGAAAGAGAUAAAGAAAUUGUCCGUAGGAUAAAUCAAGUGUUGGUCGAUCGUGAUAAUGCUAUUACUACCCAUUUCAAGCUGGAGAUCGAUGCAGUAAAAACCACUAUUGAACCGUUAACAAACAUUCCAGUUCAGGUCAAUAGUCUUCAAACUGAAGUAGAUAGACUAUAG